GACCGAAAAUAUGGAUGGAAUCAUCAUCAUCAUCAUGGAAUAAAACCAAAGAGACUUGUAACCAAAAAAAAAAAAAAAACCAAAGAGAGACCGUAAAACAAAAAAAAAAAGAAGUAGUGUGUUUUGGCGGGAGGAACGAAAUUAAUUUAAAAACCUAAAGUGACAUACUGUAGCGGGAGCAAAAUUUACCCUCGCAAUUCGAACCCGACAAAACACACUCUCACUCACUUUCACCCACAACGACACCGUUCACCGUCGUUUCCACAUGGACUCAGAUCUCAAAUCGGCCAAAUCCGCUUACCAGAACGCCAAAGCAGAAGGUAACCACCGUGAAGAAGCUCGUUGGGCAAACGUCAUCGGCGAUAUACUCAAGAACAGAGGAGAAUACGUUAAAGCCCUCAAAUGGAUCAAAAUCGAUUACGAUGUUUCUCGGAAACACUUACCAGAGAAACACUUACUCACAACUUGUCAAUCCCUCGGUGAAAUCUAUCUCCGUCUUGAGCGUUUUGACGAUGCCCUAACAUUCCAGAAAAAACAUUUAGAUCUUGCUAGGGACGCUGAUGAUCUUGUUGAGGAACAACGAGCUAGCACGCAGUUAGGUCGAACUUACCACGAAUUGUUUUCGAAAUCAGAACAUGAUCACAAUUCAAUUCGCAAUGCGAAGAAGUAUUUCAAGUCUGCAAUGGAUUUGGCAGUUAGUCUUAAAGAGAAUCCACCGCCGAAUAGUAAGUCUUCGUUUCUCAAGGAAUAUAUUGAUGCUUAUAACAAUAUAGGAAUGCUUGAAAUGGAGAUUGAUAACUUGCACGAGGCGGAGAAGAUACUUACUAGAGGAUUGGAGAUUUGUGAUGAAGAGGAGAUUAGUGAGUAUGAUGACGGGCGUAGUAGGUUACAUCAUAAUCUUGGGAAUGUGUAUAUGGAAUUGAGGAUGUGGAAUGAAGCUAGGAAGAAUAUUAAGAAGGAUAUUGUGAUUUGUCAUAAAAUUGGACAUUGCCAAGGAGAAGCGAAAGGGUAUAUUAAUCUUGGUGAAAUGCAUUACCGGACUCAGAAGUAUGACGAGGCACGGUCUUUUUAUCAGAAGGCGCUUGCUUUGGCGAAGUCUUUGGAGGAUGAGGAUGCUUUGGUCAGACAGAUUAAUCAGAAUAUUAAAAUUGUUAAAUCAGCUGUUGAAGUUAUGGACGAAAUCAAGACAGAAGAGCAGAAACUUAAAAAACUCAAAAGAGAAAUAGUUUCGGCCAGAGGGACACCGAACGAGCAUAAGUGUCUGCUGCUGUUAAACGUGUCUCUUGAAAUCCUUGUUGAGAAAGCAAGGACAAUCUCUGCUUGGGAGAAGCUUCGUGAAUUUGCAAAGGAGAAGAAGAAAGUAGCGAAGGACCUUUGUGACAAGCAAAGGUUGGGUGAUUCAUAUCUGGAUGUUGCAGAAUCAUACCAGAAGCUCAGAAAAUUCAACAAGUCAAUCAAAUGGUACAAAAAGAGUUGGGAAAUGUACAAAACAAUUGGUAACUUAGAGGGGCAAGCACUGGUGAAACUUAAUAUUGGUAAUGUUUUGGAUUCUACUCACAAUUGGAGAGAAGCAUAUGAUGCAUUUGAAGAGAGCUACAGUAUUGCUCGUGACACAGGCCUUCCUAAUGUACAGCUUCUUGCCUUGGAAAAUAUGCAUUAUAGCAACAUGAUUAGAUUUGAUGAUGAGGAUGAGACCAGGAGGUUGAAACUUCUAAUUGAUAAGCUUAAGUCAAGUGAAAAGCAAGAGGCUGAUAGUACGCCAGGGGAUUGUUGCUCUGAGACUGAUACUGAAGCAGAUGUUUGUAUGUCAAAUAGUGAGUCAGAUGAUUUUUGCUUUCCAAAGACAACUUAUAGAUCAGAAACCCCGACUCCUGAAGAACGGAAUGAUGAUAAUGCGCCUCUUAUGUCGCUAUAUCAGUCCAUUAAAGACUCGUCUAGAAGGAUAACAGGACACAAGGAAAGUCAUACCAACUCUACAAAGCAGGUUGAGCAAUCACCCAGAAGUCUGACAAAACUAACAAGCGAGAACCAAGCAGUUGUUGGUCGUAAACGUGUCCGUAUGAUUCUUUCCGACGACGACGAUGAUGAUGAGAUGGAAUGCUCAAGCAGAAAGGAUCACGACUGCCCGUUAGAGAACUUGCCUAAUGAUGAAGCGGUUAAGAGUAAAAUCAGUCCUAGUAAAAUUCAGGUUGUCCCAGAGUAUGGAUCUAAAUGUGCAAUUAAUGUUGAAGAAAGUAGCAGUUCUUUCAAAUGCUGGAGUCCAAAUACUGCCACUAAAACUUCCAGACGUUCCAGGUCAUUGAGCAAUGAUAUAGUUGUUGAACCCGACUUUCCUAGUGGUUCUAAAUGUGAUACAGAUGUCUCUGGCAAACAAAAUGUUGUUACCCAUCCCAUGACAAAGCAUUCCCAAGAUGAUCAAUAUAUUACAUGUCGGAUUCAGAAUGAAAUAGUUUAUGUAGAAGCAGCCUUGUGCUCUUCUGAUGAUCAGGUUGACAUUGACUCGUUAAAGGCUGUAAUUGCAUGCCUAUACUAUCAAAAAUUUCCGACAGAAAAGAAAUCAGAGGGUUUGUUGCCCAUUAUUCAGCACAUAAAAUGUGCUGGAAGAGAUCUAGAAUCGCUGGCAACUGUUGAAAAUCUUAAGGAGCAUCUGCGAAAUAACAUGGUUGAAGCUUUCAUUGAUGGAUGGAUUCAGAAGCGCCUAAUAAAAACGUACGUGGACUGCUGCAAGGAGUUGUCCGAGGUACCAAAGAUCAAGGUGCUGAAGAAACUUUACAAUUUAGAGGUUUCUGAUGAUGAAAUCAUUGCAUCGGACUGUGACCUGCAAGAUUUGUCUAUAACACCAUUGAUAGAUGCACUGCAUUCCCAAAUGGCAUUUUCAAUGCUUGACAUCUCUCACAAUUGUUUAGGAAAUGGAACAAUGGAGAAACUUCGAAAGGUGUUCACAGCAUCAGGUCAAUCUUACGGCGGCUUAACUCUGGAUUUGCAUUGCAAUCGAUUUGGCCCAACAACUUUGUUUCAGAUUUGUGAAUGCUCUGUGCUAUUUGCUCGACUCGAAGUGCUUAACAUUUCUGGAAACCGUCUUACCGAUGCAUGUGGAUCUUAUCUUUCAACAAUCUUAAAAAACUGUACAGCUCUUUGUAGCUUGAAUGUAGAAAACUGUAGUAUCACAACCAGAACCAUUCAAAAAAUUGCUGAUGCAUUGGACUCUAGAUCUGUACUUUCACACCUUUGCAUAGGACACAACAGCCCUGUAUCUGGGAAUGCUUUAGUUAAUCUUCUAUCGAAGCUUUCUACUUUAAAAAGGUUUUCCGAGUUGAAUAUGAGUGGUCUAAAACUAGGCAAACCGGUUGUCGAUAGCCUUUUCCAGCUUGCAGGGACCUUGACUUUAUCAGGACUAAUACUUGGAGGCACUGGUAUUGGAAAUGAAGGGGCCAUAAAAGUAACAGAACCAUUGCUCAAAGGGACCGAGGAGCUUGUGAAAUUUGACCUAUCAUAUUGUGGGCUAACAUCUAACUAUAUUUUAAGCAUCAAUGUUAAUUCUUUUUGUUCCAUCACUGACCUGAGCCUGGAAGGAAAUCCUAUAAUGCUUGAGGGCAGCAAUACUCUAUUUUUGCUUCUCAUAAACCCACAAUGCUGUCUCAAAGUUUUGAUACUUAGGAAGUGUCAACUUGGGCUUGCUGGAGUUCUUCACAUAAUUGAGGCUCUUGCAGAUAACAGCAGCCUGGAGGAGCUUAACCUUGCUGAUAAUUCUGUUCCGACUGAACUUUCUGCUCUACAAUGUGAUUUACCAUCUAAAAGCUGCUCACAGAACCAGGAAGAUAAACUUGAUACUAUGAAAGUGGAUGAUAAUCAAGAGGCCUUUUGCGCUCUAAAUACUUUGGACGAACAGCUGGAAGUUGCUGAUAGUGAAGAUAUUCCAGUUGGAGCAGAAGCUGCUGCUUCUGGAAUUGACGACAGCUGUGCCAGUUCAUGUCAAAGAAAUUCAUCUCCCGAGUGCCAUUUAACUCAGCAAUUUUCAACUGCUAUUGCAAAGGCAAAGAACUUGCAGUUACUAGACCUUAGCAAUAAUAGUUUUUCUGCACAAGCUGCAGAAACAUUCUAUGGUUCGUGGACAACUUUACGACCCCUUUCAAGUCACAGACACAUCACUAAGAACAUUAUUCAUUUCUCAACGAAGGAAAAGAAAUGCUGCAGCGUGAAACCUUGCUGUAAGAAAGUUUGAUCUGUGGCUCCCUUGUUGAUAUACUAACUAAAGAAUAAGAGGCAAUUUUCCGGUCAAUAAGAACAUUUUUAUGAACAAAAGGGCGUUGCUUUAUUUAUAAAUACUCUAGUUAAUUGUAUUAUUGUAAGGAUGUACAAUUCCUCUAGUUUCAUUUAUCAUGUAAAACACAUUUAUAGUGUUCAUCUUAGUUUUUUGUAUACAAUAUUGGUAGAUUCAA